AUGCCUGCUAGCACCACGGGGAAAGUGCUCGUCACCGGCGCGAACGGCUUCAUCGCCGGCUGGAUCAUCAAGGAUCUGCUGGAACAGGGCUUCAUUGUCAGGGGCACGGUUCGCUCCCUCGAGAAAGCAGAGGGGCUUCGAAAGGCACUCUCAGCCCACGGAGACCGUCUUGAGAUCUUCGUUGUCGAAGACAUCGCCGAGAGCAGCGCAUUUGACAAGGCGGUCGAAGGCAUCGACGCCAUCGUUCAUGCUGCCUCUCCGGUCCACGUCUUGGCCAACGACCCCGAGGAGCUCAUCCGCCCCGCCCUCCAGGGUACAACGAGCAUCUUGCGCAGCGCGAGCCAGCCCGACUCGACCGUCAAACGCAUCGUCGUCAUCUCCUCCCUCGCCGCCAUCGUCGACAUUAGCGCACCGACCCCUGUCACGUUCACCGAAGCGAACUGGAACGAACACGACGUCGCAGAGGUCCGGGACAAGGGCGCGGCCGCUGCUCAGUCGGCAAAGUACCGUGCCAGCAAGGCGCUGGCGGAGCGCGCGGCUUGGGACUUGUUCCGUGAAGGGAGGGACAAGGGAACGAUCGGAUGGGACUUGGUCACCCUAUGCCCGCCUUGGGUCUUUGGACCUGUACUUGGCGUGCAGUCGCCCAACGAUCUGCACUCGUCAGUGAAGACGUGGUACGAGAUUGCCGUCAAGGAGGAGGGCGAGAUCCCUGCCUGGAGCAAAGCGAACUGGGUAGAUGUCCGUGACUUUGCUGCGGCAACGCGGCUCGCAAUCACCAAACCCGAAGCUGGCGGGGAGCGAUUUGUUGUCUGCACCGCUCCGUUCGACUGGGGGCAGUGGGUGUACGUCGCUCGCCGUGUCCUAGGCAAGUCGAAGCCGGAAGAAGAUAUCCAGGACUUCUCGCAGAUCGUCCACGAUGUUCGUUUCGACAACAAGAAGUCGCGGGAAGUACUAGGUAUCACGUAUCAUGAAGACAUGGAGGGCACUGCGGCGUUCAUGAUUCAAGACUUUAAGGAGAAAGGAUGGUGUUGAGUAAUGGGUGCGAUGAAAUUUGCGCUCGUUAGCUAGCGGUGUGAGCACCCUCACUUCGCCUGUCCUCCACGGAGUGUUUGUCGACAGGCUCUCGUAUUGUGAUACCGAACCGUGUUGGUAGAAGGUAUGUACACGGUCUCGACGCGUUCAGUGCUCCUACCUCUAUAAGUUGCAUCAGUGAAAACGAAAGGGGGCACGAGAUAAC